GUUCCUAAUCGUGGUUACCCGAUGGAUCAGAAACCGAGUGACGAACCGUCCGAGCACUUGUCGGUUCGAAUGAUGCAAGAUGCCUGUGCGGCUGUGGAACUCACAGCGCAGUCCAUUUCCAUGGGGAAAGGCGGCUGA